CGGCAGACGUCACCGGAAAUCACUUUCCCACGUGCUAAAAACACACAGUCAACCGGUCGUGACGAGAGGAAAGAAAACCAGUUGAGAAACUUUUGGAGGAUUCUUUUCGGGAUCCAAAAAUGUCGACCAGGAAGAGGAGCACGCGCCCGUCGGACGUGGACGCGAAGGCGCCCGCAGAGGAGGCGCGCGAACGCCGGAAAAACGUCAAGAGUUUGGCGGUGUUGCGCGCGCACGAGCCUGCAGUGCAACAGCUGGAGGAGCUCGUGUUUGGUGACGUGCAGGAUGAUGCUGAGGAGGAUGAGGAAGAAGAAAAAGAAAAAGCUUUGGUCCAAUCGGACAAGGAGACGGAGGAGCGUUUACGUCCUCCACCAAUCAAAAGAGCUGCUUGGGUUGAUGAAGAUGAUGAGUUAGAGGAAGAGGUGGAUAUGAGGCAUCGUUUCCGGAGCGACCUGAUGCGAGGACAUACCGAGGCAACCCUCAGCAAGAAAAAACUGCAGCAAAGGAUGAGAGACCAAUUCCAGAAGUCGAUGGGCGGAGCUCCAUCCUGGGCCGUUGGCAGCGGCAGGAAGUCUGUGAAAGAUGACGAUGAAGAUGGGGACGAAGACGAAGAUGACGACCUACUCAAGAGGACGGGAAACUUUGUGGCGUCUUCGGACAGUUUGUCAAGCGGCAUCCUCGGGAUGAAGAGGUGUUGCCACGCCAAUGCGGCGCGGCCAUCUUCUGAUCGUCUGACGUCGGUCCAGUUCCACCCGUCGGCUCAAGUGGUCUUGACAGCCGGUCUCGACUGCUCGCUGUCCCUUUUCCAGGUGGACGGCAAGACCAACGGUAAAAUCCAGAGCGUCCACCUGGACCGCUUCCCCGUUCACAAGGCUCGUUUCAGUUGCCACGGCGACACCGUCAUCGCCACCAGCACGAGGAACAAAAUAUUCUACAUGUACGACAUGAUGGAAGGACGCAUCACACCGGUGCAGCACGUCAGAGGGCUGCAAGAGCCUCGGGUGAAGGAGUUCUGCGUGAGCCCUGCGGGGGACGCUCUGCUGCUGACAGGGACUCGAGGAUACCUGCACAUGGUCACGCUCAAGACCAAGGAGGUGGUGAGCAGCAUGAAGCUGAACGGCGAGGUGGUGGGCGUGGCUAUGAACAGCGACGGCAGCAAAGUGUUUGCUAACUCAGAGGAUGGCGAGGUGUACGUGUGGGACGUGCGUAGCAGUCGCUGUCUAUGCAGGUUCGUGGACCACGGCUGCGUCGCCAGCACGGCAAUCGCCACGUCCGCCGACGGACGCUACCUGGCGUGCGGCUCGCGGGCGGGCGUAGUCAACGUGUACUCGCAGGAGGCGUGUCUUAAAUCUGCCAAUCCCACGCCCCUGAAGGCCAUCAUGAAUCUGCUGACCCCUGCCACCGCACUCACCUUUAACUCCAGCGCAGAGAUCCUGGCCAUUGCCUCACAACACGAAGACGAAGCCGCCAAACUGGUUCACAUUCCCAGCAUGAGUGUCUUCUCCAACUUUCCUGUGGCCAAGAGGAAGUUUGUCUACCGGGUUUCCUGCAUGGAUUUCUCACCUCACAGUGGCUUCUUCUCAUUGGCUAACAACAAAGGACACGCCCCCCUCUUUAGACUGCUGCACUACAAGGGCUUCUGAGGAUGAAGAAGAGGGCAGAGUCACUUGUCCUUAAAGUCAUGGGACAUGCACACGUUUGUCAUGAAAUAAACUUUCUUGUCUUUUCU